AUGAAAAUGCGAGUCAGCAGGGUAAGCACUAUUUUGCCAAAACACCUGACAAAUCUUUACUGUAGUACUCUUGGCCUGUUUGAUGAUUACUUACUGGCAGACAGGAAUAAUAAAUUCUCUACCGAAGGUUGUCGACUGAAAUGUAUGGCGGGGCGAUUGAUAAGACUGUGAUUGCAUUCAUCGACUGAAAAUGGUUCCAGCCUUCGUUUUCUCUGUUUGUUUUUUACUUACGGUUCAUAUCGACGUGCACGAUGUGGGUUUUGAUUUUUGAAUGCCCUCAUCAGAAAUGGCAAAGGAAAAAUUACCAAAUAUUUGGGAACAUUUUAGGCACCCAUUUUCACAGAAGGCAAAAUAAUAUGAGGUAGUAUGAGUUCUUGCCAAUGGCCUAUUCAAAACAAACACAUCUUACGCACUUUACGGGGAAUUACGUUGUGCUGAGGCCAAUUUUUAGGGAAAGGCACUGAGUGAAUCCAUGGGCGCUCCCCAGGCCGACAUCGCUUUCGGUUAUUGCGCAUACGGCUUUGAGCUUAAUGCAUGUAUAGUAAAAUGUCUAGAAGGUAGAUGAAGAUGGCCAUUUCUGUCAGCCGGCAUUAUUCAACUCCAGGUCCACAGUCAACGAAAUUAAAUAAUCGUAUUCUUCCGCCAUCGUGCUUUACUAGAUUCAACGCCCAUCCUUCUUCGUCGACCCUUCCCCUGUCCCUGACGGGACCGGACUAUGAUUAGUCCUGGUUUCUAACAUAUCCGGUCGCCUUCAGUUACAUCUCACAACACUAAUGCUCAUUGGAUAUUUUUCAACUAUCUCUGUUCUGUCAGAGUUAAUUAUUUCACUGGGCAGAUCCGAUGGUUACUACUUGAGAACGCACGUUUAUCGACUUUGACUUAAGCGAAAACAAUUACUAUGGAGUUUUCAGGGAUAUCACAGCCCGAGUAGAAAUGGAACAUUAAGCACAUGCACAAACCUUUGUCCUAUUUAUAACUUGUUUGUUAUGUAGAUUACUUUAUACAUAAAUACAGUGGGCACAUAAAAAUAUUAUAUUUCCAGGAGAAACGUCUUACCACAAAGAGACCACAACAGCGGAAAAGAUGCUUAGAAUCACAGAGAAUAGUCUCAGUCCUGUUACUACGUUUCAUGAAAUCACUUAAGGUUACGUUUCAUGCCGAAUAGCACUGAAACGCGACUUGAGUAUUCACAAUUGUGCCAAGGCUUAUUUACAGACUCCGCUUCGCGUCCGACCUCUGCAUUUUUCGAUUAGGUACACCAAGAGCAUCCACUUUUCUUUUAUUUUUAGGUCUUGAUUAUGUAGUUUCUAAUUUCGUUGGAAUAUGGACGCCUCCACCGCAAUGCUUGUCAUCUACACCUGUGCCAAGCGCAACCAACCCUGGAUCCCCGCUCCCAGUGCCAUUUUGCCAGCACUUGUGAUUGGAGUUCUCUGGGCGGCCGCGCAGUCGGCCUUGUUUGUGGCAAUGCUGCCCUAAAUGAACCCAUCACCUUCCCCAUCGUGACCACCGUGCCAGCCCUAAUUGCCACAAUCUGUGGCCUGAAAUUCUUCAAGGAGAUCACAGUGAGUUUGGCUAGUCAAAGUGAAUGCAUGGAGUUCAUAAAACUACCCAAUUCUGGGCAAUUUUAAUAAAUGCAUUCGACUUCUCGUGAUUGGAUUCGUCGGCUACAAUUGCGCUUCUUUUAUAUAAAUUGAAUAAAUCUGAAUAAUCAAUAAACCCUAUCCAUUUUACGGAUAGAGUUUGAUUGCAAACGGUAACUUUCACAGAGGUUACUGAAAUAUUUUAGAUUGCGGACAACGUCCGUUGAUCACCAAUUGAAUUAACUGAACUAACCCUAGGUUCAUUUCUCAUUUUUUUGACAUGCUCCCACACAUUUUGACAUUUUAUUACUAGUUGUGUUUUCUUGGCAUCUGUUGCUGAUGCGAAUUUUAGCUUUACAGGUUAGCGUUUCUUCGACGUUUCAAAACCCGCUGCCGUUUUCGGAUAUACGGUGUACUUGUCGGUUUUUAACGGAUUAUCCGUAUCGCAUACUACUGAAACUUCAAAUACCUGCCAGUCCGGCUUGGUUUUUUGGUGGAUAAAGGACCGCUUUCUUUAAUCUCCGCCCCAAAAACUUUCUUUCUCUACAAGUCGACUGGAAAUAUUGGUCCAACUCUAUCCCCGAAAACGACUGCCACGUGCAUUUAAAAAAUGAACAAAUGAAAGUAGAACGAAUGCAUAAUAUUUCUGCAGUUACGACUGAUUUUUGAUUCGCACUUAGUUCAUAAGUCGUUAUUGGUCAUUUUAUAAAAAACCGAAAAAGAUUUUUCUGUUUAUAAAUGCUCUUAGCUUUCUACCUUUUCUCGAUUUAUACGUCCUAAGAGUUAAUGUGAAGACGUUGGAUCUUCUUAGAUAUUAGGUGUAUUAUUAGGUAAAUUGUGAUAUACCGAUAGUUUGCAUGGUCAAACGUCAAUUUUGAGCACAAUGGGACUGGAUUUGCGAUGGGCAGUCAGAAUAACUAUAUUACAGCCGGAUCUACUAUGUAUGUACAUAUAGAUGUAUAUUGUGGCGACAUCCACAAAUAACAGGGAGACUUGAACGAUAAUAUUUGGACUAUUGACCAUCAAGUCCUCAAGUAUCCCCAACCCAGGCUAAGAUGCACGAGUUCGUACCCGCACCCUGUCACCAUGUGCUGCAAUGACGAAACUUUGACUUAACUCACUGGCAGACUCGCCUAUCGUUCUUCGUCGUCCCUACCUCUGCCUCCUGACGGGACCGGACUAUGAUUAGCCCUGCUGGACUCAAUGACUAAAGAUUCCGGGCUCGGAUCCCAGUUGUUCGAAAGCUGAGGCGGAGUACGGCUGGCUGAUUAAGACUAAUAAACCACCACAACCCCCGUUGUCUUUGUCAGUAUUUUAUCUUGUAUGCUUACAGGUCGCUUUGCGGUUGCCUGUGAGGGCCUUUGAUUGAGCUCCAAGGCACGAUGGUUUCAGCAUGUGUCGUAGGCCCUGAUCGGCGAAAGUUCUCCCACUAAUAAAUAUAAAUAUUGAAUAUCUGAUGUGGUGUGCAUUCCGAGGUAAUAUAAUGAUAAAGUGAAGGCUCUUCGGAAAAUUGAGUUGUACUCAAUAUACAUAUAUAUACAUAUAAACAUAUAUAUAUACAAAUAUAUUCGUGCAUCGAAAAAUAUCAUCCCAAGAAAUUUAUUUAGAAAUAUAUCAAGUCCGUUAGGAUCGAAAAGAAGUUUAUUAUGCGUAUUUUCGAACGCUGUCUCUAAAAACAAUACUCUCAGGGGAAUAGUGAAUGAACUGGCACAUCUGGCCGGAUUCAGUUUAAAGAACUCACAAGGGCAAGUGUGGAUUGAUGCAGACAAUGGAUGUCUCUUAGUUAAAACUCCAGCCAACCACAGUGCUUUUGUUGGGCAGCGCUUAAGUGCAGCUAUUUUUAAAUAUUUCGCAUAGGUCUAAUGAUCAGCUGGAGAAUCAUUCUUCAAAAUAAACAUAGCAAUCUUUGCUGCUUUCGAAAAUAACUUGUUCUGUUUCUGACAUAUUCAUAUAUUUAUAUGUGGUAGUGGCACUUGCAGAGCCCCUAUAUAAUUGCCAGCUGAAACUCCAGAUGCGUAUACUGCCUUCGUUUCCGGUGGCUCUCCUAGUCGCUUACAAGACACUUAACUCCGAAUUUUUCUAAUAAUAAUAGUAAUGGACUCAUCACGGUCUGUUAUAGAUAAUUUCAUGAUUGUUUAACGGAUAAAUAAUGCUAGUCACAACUAUAUUAACUGGUAUAAAUAACCCCGCCCAGCGGGAAACAAUGAUUUUAUGCCUGUUAACAGGUUAGGAUAAAGUAUGAUGCAAAGAAAAGAGCAUUAACGUCUAUUUCCUCGUAUUCUUUCAAGGGCCUUCGAAACUACAUUCUCCUCGGAUGCGCAUUUUGUGUAACUGCAGUCGGUGUUGCACUGAACGCUCUGUCUCGAUGA